CCUCUUUCAACAGCGUCAACAGUUAGUCAACCACCUCUGUAGCUUGCUAGUCAAAAUAGCCGAACCAAUAAAGCUAUUUAGACGCUUUAGUGUAUAUUAGCCACUGUGUUUUAUACCCACUUCUGUCGUCUAGUUAGUUAUCCGAUUUAAUUUCAUAUUUACCGUUGUUUUAUUCGUCAGCCAGCGGGCUGGUUAAGUUAGCAUUAGCCUAGCUAACUAACAUCCCCGACCAUGAGCUCACUAAGCUACUCUCCUGCUGAAGAAGAGCGUGUCUGCUGGACGGAUAAAGAGGGUAUGUGGCUAAACGUUGUCGUGAAAGAGGAGGAAGAGGAUGUCAAAAUACAAAAACAAGUAGAGGGUGAGGCUGUUACAGUGAAAGAAGAAGAGAACGACGUUUCAGUGAAAGAAGAGGAAGACGCGUUCAGAGUGAAAGAGGAGGAGGACGUUACAGUAAAAGAAGGGGAGAAAGAGGAGGAUGCUGUUUUUGGAGUGAAGGAGGAGGAGGGGGAGAUGACUGUCACAUUGGAAGAAGAAGAUGAAGAGGAGGAAACUGGAUAUCUGGGCUCGGAUUCCCAAAGGCAUGUUAAGGCAUCCUAUGGUUCUAACGAUGAACGGGCCCCUGUUAACACUAGAGAGAGAUGUGACUAUCGUGGAUCCUCUGGGGAGCCUCAACAACAUCAUGAUGCUGACAAGGCAGAGAAGAGUCUCUCCAGAUCAGAAAACCUCAAAAAACACCAGCAGAGACCCAGAGGGAAGAAAUCUCACUGCUGCUCUGACUGUGGGAAACAUUUCAAAUUUUCAUCAGAACUUAAAUUACAUCAGAGAACACACACAGGAGAGAAACCUUAUAGCUGUACUCAAUGUGGGAAGAAUUUUACUCAGUCAAGCAGCCUGAUAGUGCACCAGAGAACACACACAGGAGAGAAAAGUUAUAGCUGUACUCAAUGUGGGAAGAGUUUUACUUCAUCUGGCUAUCUGAAAAUACACCAGAGAGCACACACAGGAGAGAAACCAUUUAGCUGUACUCAAUGUGGGAAGAGUUUUACUACAUCUGGCUAUCUGAAGAUACAUCUGAGAGCACACACAGGGGAGAAACGCUAUAGUUGUAAUCAAUGUGGGAAGUGUUUUACUCAGUCAAAGGGCCUGGUAGUACAUCGUAGAACACACACAGGAGAGAAGCGUUAUAGCUGUGCUCAAUGUGGGAGGAGUUUUACUCAGUCAGGCAACCUGAAAUCACACCAGAGAACACACACUGGAGAGAAACCUUUUAGCUGUGAUCAAUGUGGGAAAAGUUUUAUCAUAUCUGGCGAUCUGAAGAUACAUCAGAGAACCCACACAGGAGAGAAACCUUAUAGCUGUAGUCAAUGUGGGAAGAGUUUUGCUACAUCUCGCUAUCUGAAGAUACACCAGAGAACACACACUGGAGAGAAACCGUAUAGCUGUAAUCAAUGUGGGAAGAGUUUUGCUGCAUCUAGCUAUCUGAAGAUACACCAGAGAACACACACACAGGAGAGAAACCAUGUAUCUGUACUCAAUGUUUGAAGAGUUUUACUCAAACAGCCUGAUUGCGCACCAGAGAAGACACACAGAAGAGGAAUCCCAUAGCUGUACUCAAUGUGGGAAGAGUUAUACUCAGUCAAGCAGAGUGAAAGUGCACCAGAGAACACAAACAGGAGAGAAAAAACCUUAUAGCUGCGAU